ACUAAAACUAAAACAAACGUCUUCUCUCUUUCAGGAUAUUAAUAAUAUUCUUGGCCGGUGUGAAAACAUGCAGUUCCAGAGGGCCGCCAGAGUUUCCAUUGACCUCAGGCAAGAUGAUUUCAGCGGCCCCUUUCAGUUCAACCUGUGGAAACGGAUGCUGAAGCUAAUUAAUCCAGUCCCAAUCAAACUGAAGCUGAAUCCGGACACUGCGCAUCCGAGACUCAUCCUGUCCAGUGACCUAACAGCCAUCAGACUUGGUGCUAAACAGAAGGUCCCUGACAAGCCAGAGCGAUUUGUGCAGUGGCACGGUGUCCUGGCAUCUCAGGGCUUCAAUACUGGGAGCCACUACUGGGAGGUCGAGGUCGGAAGGAACACCAUGUGGAGUGUGGGAGUGGUAAAAGCAUCGGUAUUGAGGAAAGCGGAGUUCACACCGGAACCAAAAUCUGGUGCCUGGUUAUUGUGGCGUCUGGGAGAGGAAUAUACCACUAUGUCUUCACCACGUACUGCCCUCCCUGUUCCAGUCAAACCCCAGAGAUUGGGCAUCUACCUGAACUAUGAGGCUGGCCAGGUGACACUGUACAAUGCUGAUGACAUGUCACAUCUGUACACUUUCAGGGACAAAUUCACUGAGAAACUCUAUCCUUUCUUCUUAACGGGUUGCAAAAUUGAUUCAUUGCAAAUAGUCCACUUGAAUAUAUAGGUUUAUUUGGUUUAUCAUGCAACCAACCUUUAUGGGGAGACAGUUGGGACGGGCCUACUUCCAGCGGUUAUCAAUGUUAAUCAGCGAGUCCAACACUGAUAAGUCGUUCCAACACCAUCUCUACCUGUAAACUAUUAUUAAUAGUGUUUAACUCCAUAUAUCUACUAGAUGGCCGGGGGACCCAUUGGAUCCCUGUCACACGAAAGUCCCAUUCCGCCAACGCAAUAUUCCACCACACUGCGCAUGCACGCCUGACGGGCCCGCACUGUGCAGGCGCGACUGCCGCAUUCAAAGUUGUGCCGUUGACGGCAGAAAUUAAGUUAAAGUUAAUAAAGUGAAUAGAGAACCCGUGGAGCAGCUUGUAAAAUAGAACAAAACUUACUUGUGGAGACGUUGGGUCUCCGUUGUGAGGCCAGGCAAAUGCAAACAAAGUAAUUGGGAUGUCAAGAUGGCGGCGGGCCAGCUGCGCAGGCACAUUGUGACGUCGAACGUGACUGACGGGCAGGGCAAGUGGGAAAGUGGUUUAGAUUCCAUUGUGAUGUCUUUGUGACGUCGAACACGGCUAAUGGGCAGGGCAAGUGGUAAAGUGUUUUUUGUACAUUUUAAAAUGUCAAUAACUUAUAAAAUAUAACAUAAAUCUGAAUGAAACUUGGUUCAUUUACAUCGCAGGACAAUGGUGAAUAAGGUGGGCCAAAAAUUGGAGGCCUAUUUUUCUCAACUUAAAUAUGCACAAAAUUCUGGAAUGCAGAUAAAAGAGCAGCAAAUCUAUAGGCUUCAAAGCUAAUUAUUAGAAGUUAACGUGAAGGAGACUUCACAGGCUAGUUAAAAGAAGGCUUUGAAGCCAAUUAUAAAAAGUUAAUGUGAAGAACUCUUUUAGAAUGUCUGAUAUUGAGGUUACUAUGUUCAUAAGUGUGUGUGUACGGGUGAUCACAAGUUGGCAUGAACUCUAUGGGCCGAAGGGCUUGUUUCUGUGCUGUAUCAUUCAAUUCAAUUCAAUAAAUCAUCUUUAACUUAUUCUAGGUUUUGUCCAAA